UUUUCCUGGAUCAUCAUCAUCACAAAGUUCAACAGAAAAGAAUUCCACUCCCUUAACACCAUCAACUUUUCCUGGAUCAUCAUCAUCACAAAGUUCAACAGAAAAGAAUUCCACUCCCUUAACACCAUCAACUUUUCCUGGAUCUUCAUCAUCACAGAGUCACAGAAAAGAAUUCCACUCCCUUAACACCAUCAACUUUUCCUGGAUCAUCAUCAUCACAAAGUCCAACAGAAAAGAAUUCCACUCCUUUAAUACCAUCAACUUUUCCUGGAUCUUCAUCAUCACGAAGUCCAUCAGAAAAGAAUUCCACUCCCUUAACACCAUCAACUUUUCCUGGAUCAUCAUCAUCACAAAGUCCAACAGAAAAGAAUUCCACUCCCUUAACACCAUCAACAACUACUGGAUCAUCAUCAGGCACUUCACUCCCAACUCCACAGGCCCCAUCCGAAAAAAUUACAUCCAUACAGACUGCAUCCACUUCGCAAUAUGAGACAUCUACAUCACCUUCAUCCUCAAUUCAAAUGACAUUUUCACAACCUUAUACACCCUCAUACUCAGACAUAUCAGCACCAUCACCAGUCAGUACAAGAACUCUGCUCGGGGAAGCUGUGUCUAUGGCUGUAGACAUGGAUGGGCCUCCAUAUUUCGCCAGACCAACCCCACAUUAUCCAACUCCAUGUCAAAAUUGUGAACAGUUGCGUCUGGCAAAUGAAAAUCUACAACGUCAGAUGUAUGAAGUGCAGCAAAACUGUUACUCAUUAAACACAAGGCUAUAUCAGGUAGAGCAAUUUGUGUUCCAACAGCAGCAGCAACAUAAUGUCAGUGGGCCACUUCUGAGCGGGAGACCUCCCAUAUCACAUGACGCAGCACAAGAGGAUCAGCAUCAAGUGGAGUCCUUAUACAAUGGAUUUACGAAGGCUCAACUGGUUCAUGACCUUCCAGGUAAGGGCUGGAAAGGGGACGCAAAAUGGCUCCUCAGAAGAAUGUUCACAUUUGAAGAAUUAAAAGGACAUUCCAUAACGGGCCAUCAUGGAGCCAGCAAGAAAAAUGGGAAGGUGCGUCCCCCUCUGGACGACCAAGAUAAGCUCAAGGUCCUUUAUGAUAUCAUAAUGGAGAAAUACCCAGGGAGACUGAUAACAGAUAUAAAUAUAGUUUUGGCUGACAUCGUCAAACCUUCAGCCCCCGAUUAG